CCUACAUAUCCUUAUAUAUCCUUAUAUACUCUUACAUAUUCUUAUUUAUUAUUUAUUAUUCUAUAUUCUUAUUUUUCUAUUCGUUCCAUACUCAGUUGCUGUAAAUAACCCGAUCUAAACCCUUUCCGUACGAGGCUACUACACGUACCAGGAGGCGGGAUCGCUUACCUGUACUGUAUUGGUACCUUCAUAUUUCUUGGCUCCAAUUUCUUAUCCGUACACGGAGAGAGAGAGAGUCUAUUGCCUCUUCUAGACAACUUCACAGAGAUUCUGCCGUCCUUUUCGUUUCUUUGCGCUGUGCUGCUUGUACAAUAAUUCUUGCUGCGAGUUGCCACCACGGUCGCUACAAAUCGAUGCGUUCCUGAACCAGUCAACCCAUCGUCUUACUGCCGUACGUUCGGCCCUCGAUCAAACAUCAACCGCCGCAUUCGAGUUGAACCCCAAGAGAAACCAUGGCAUUUGCCAGUACCUCGCGGGCAAUAUGGCUCAGCACCUUCGUCAUCAUCAUCUGUCUCUAUUUCACCCUUAAUUCCGAAACUUUCAAUGGCACCACCACCAUCCGCGCAGGCGGCAAUACCCAAGCGCCCGUCGUCGAAACCCCUCUCACCCCCGAAGAAGCCUCCUGCAAAAAGCUGGGCAUGAUAAAAGAGGCCUCGUGCCCCGUCCCCGACACCCCCUAUUUCAAGGCCCACGACUCAGACAAGACGCCCGACGACCAGCGCCCGCUCAUCACCUACGCCUACUACGAAUCGCCGUUCGCGCGCGCCAACCUCAAGUUCUUCGUGGACCACGCGCUGCACGAUGCGGCGGAUUUCAUCUUCAUCCUCAACGGCGAGACGGACGCGGACAAGACCAUCAUCUUCGCGGACUCCGAUGUCCCAGAGGACCUUCGCGACCUCAUUCCUAGACGCGACAAGAAGAAUAUCUUUGUUAAGAAGCGGCCGAACACCUGCUUUGAUCUCGGCGCGCAUAAUGAGGUUCUCAAUAGCGUGCUUGGAGGCGAGGGAUGGAUCGGCAAGGAUGGUCCCAUCGCGGAACCCAAGGGCAUGGUCAGCGCGGGGGAUAACAUGCUGUUGAGGAAUAAAUAUAAGCGCUACAUUCUCAUGAAUGCCAGUAUCCGUGGCCCAUUCGUGCCGCGCUGGAGCACCCAGUGCUGGACCGACUCCUACCUGAACCGUCUAACCGACAGGAUCAAGCUCGUCGGCAUGUCCUACAACUGCCACAACGGCGAAGGCCACAUCCAAUCCAUGAUCUGGGCAACCGACCACACCGGCCUCCAGGUCAUGCUCACCAAAGCCGGCAUCGGCGAGUGCUUCGGCGCCAUGUCCGAGGCCAUGUUGGCGGAGGUGCGCACCACGCAGGUCCUCCGCGACGCCGGCUUCGAGGUCGACAACUUCAUGAGCGUGUACCACAGCGAGAACCGCGCGGCUAAGUACGCGCGCAUGCGCGCGAAGAAGGCGAAGGGGAUUAAGCAGUUUAAGCGCGGGGAGAUCGAGGCUGGGGCUGAGGCUGAGGCACCAGAGCUGGUGACGCGCGAGACGGAGGAGGAGAAGAAGGCUAAGGAGGCUAAGGAGGCCGAGACCAAGGCUAAGAAGGAGAAAGAGGAGAAGGAAGCAAAGGAGAAGAAAGACAAGGAAGCUGCCGCUGCCGCCGCCGCAGCCGCAGCCGCAACGCCAACAACAACCCACAUCCCCACCGCCUCCGAAGUCGCGGCCGCCAAAGCCGCCGAAGAAGAGCGCGUCCGCCAAGAAGCCGCAGCCAAAGCCGCCGCGGAGGAGAAGGCGCGCAUCGAGAAGGAGAAGAACGACAAGCUCCUCCUGAUCGAGGAUAACGAUAUGCCGGGCUACUUCUGGCGCGAGUGCAAGCACGAGGAUUGGUUGGGGCCCGGGAGCUACUUCGGCACGUUCGUGCAUCCGUAUGAGAAUCUGUUUAUGAAGAGUCAUCGCAAGAUUGAGGAUACGGUGCUGGAUAAUUUGACGAAGUGGCAUGAUGGGUGGGGGUAUGAGAGUUAUGAUGUUUGCUUUUAAA